AGGUCUGCAAAGGUGGACGCUAUCAGAGAGCUGCACCUGGUCCGUCGUUGGUCUUUCUUCUAGCUUGGCAGGAGGGCUGGAGACCACAGCCAUGAGAGGGAGAGUGGGCUCCUGGGCGUGUCCUGGAUAAAGUCCAUUUGGGGUGGGAGGUCACAGGUAGAGGCGGACACCUUCCUAAUACUUAGAAUAUGCAAAUAACAGGAACAAUAGGCCCCUGUCCCCUCAGGACAUUUGUGGCAGCUCCUAGGCUCUGGAGAGGCAAAAGGAUUCAGCUCAUCUACCUUGCCAUGGUGAGGCCUGGUCCCACGGGAGCCUCGGGGCUCUGGGCAGGGGGAGUCCCAGCUGUCCUGACCACUCUCUCUGCUCCCCUUCUGCCUCCUUCUAGGACAGGCACAGUGGCAGCAAGGCCCGGUGAGUACUCCUCCGCUUUCUCCUGCUCUUCCCCGUCGGUCUUCACCGACCUCCUCUUUCCCUGCGGCAGCCGUUAUUUCUACCCCAUGUGACCGGCCAGCUGUGUGCUCCCACUCUGUCAGCACUGUGGCCCGCUCCCCUAGGGUACCAACUCGUGCCGAGGUGCACCAAAGGCCGCCAGUUCUGCCCCCCCACCCCCUCCAGUCUUAGCUUUCUGUUGCUGGGAUCUCAGGUCCACCAUGUCACACAGCUUCUGCCGGGAGCAUUCAGUUAUAGGUGUGAUUAGUCUAGAGUGCAAUGUCACCCCGACACAGCGGAAGGUCCCCUUGGGCAGAGCUGAGCAGAGUCUGCUUACAGGAUGGGGCCACCACUGCCACCUGCCAGAUGUGUAGGUAAGUGACCCAGUGUGGGUCAUGGGGCCCCAGCAGACCAGGGUCCCCCGCAGUUGGAUCUCCCUGAGUGACUCUAGAUAACCUGUCCCACCGAUUGUCCACUGAGGCUGAGCACUCAGGCCUGAUUCCCUUACCUGCCUUUGGUGUAGGGUCAGGAACCACUUGCUAGGUAGAACAGGCAUCUGCUGGGGUCCCCAUGUUUCAACACACCUGUCUCAUUGCCUCUGCUGCUAGAAAUGUCCAUUUUGAUGGGUUCCUCUAGGUGUAGGGUUGCAGCCCGUAGUUAAGGGCAGAUGGUUUAUUAUUUACCAGAGAGGGAGUAAAGCCUCGAGCUAGAAGUGGGUGGGAUGGAGCAAAACCAGUCUGUCCAUCCAGAUACCCCACUUCGGAGAGAAAAUGUCCCAAGCCCCUCUUUCCUGCCUGGCCCAGAGACUUGGAGACACAGGCAUCCCUUCUUUAAGGCCCAGGAGGAGGUCGAAGAGGAGGAUAAAUAUGAGCUGCCCCCCUGCGAGGUUCCACCCCUCAGUCUGGCCCCCGCACAGUCUCUUGGCUCUAAGGAGGACUCCUUGUAUCUGGAUCGUCCUGGGCCGCUGGGUCCAUCCAAGCCGUCAGCACCCCUGCCUCAGCUCACCAUGGCCAGAGGACUCCCCACAAAUCCUUCCUUCCCUACCCGCCCUGCUUCUGGCUACCACUUGCCGCUGAAGCCGGCAAUGAGUCUGCAGCCUGCAACCCCCAAGCCGGGCCCUGUUUCUGGAAGGCGAGGGCAAGGUGCAUCUGUUAGAAUGGUAACAGACCUUGCAAAGAAAAACGAGGAGGACAUCUACCUGGAGUGUGAGCCGGACCCACUCCCAGCCUUGACUAGGACUACAAGUUCUAAAGCCCUGAUCCCCCCAGUCCCUCUGCCAAGAACAUCUGGAUUGCCCAGGCCCAUGCUUGGUCACCAGGAGGCUCGGAAUGGAGCAGAGGAUGCCACGAUGAAAGGGUCUGCACUAAAUUGGGAGGCUGCCAGUGUAUGUCCCAAGAUCAGUUCUCAUUUGGAAUUCACGCCAGGAGUGUCUGGCCGGAGACUGUCUGCUCCCUCUAUAGCCCCCGCCCUGAGCACCUCUGCUGCUGAGGAUGGAAGCCUUCUGGGUCAGCCUUGGUACUCAGGGAACUGUGACCGUCCAGCUGCCGAGCGAGCCCUGCUUCACUUCCAAAAGGACGGAGCCUACACUGUGCGCCUCAGCUCCGGGCCUCACAGUUCCCAGCCCUUCACCCUGGCUGUGCUCCUCAAGGGCCGAGUCUUCAACAUCCCCAUCCGGCAACUGGAUGGCGGGCACCACUAUGCGCUGGGCCGGGAGGGCAGGAAUCAUGAGGAGCUCUUCCCCUCGGUGGCCGCCAUGGUCCAGCACUACAGGAAGCACCCGCUGCCGCUGGUGGACAGACACAGCGGCAGCCGGGGGUUCACCUGCCUGCUCUUCCCCACCAAGCCCUGAAGACACGUGCCGCACAUCCGCCCUGGGCACGUGUGCGCCCCCUCGCUUUUCCCUCCCGCUUUGGCCUCUUUCUAUCCCCGGCCAGCCCUCCACCCCAAAGUCCCCGCAGGUUUGAAAUGAGAGAGCCUUGAGCUGGGCUGCCUGCCCUGGGUGGGGAGGUUGCCUCUCCUUAGGCAGACAAGGGACUAGGUGCACUGACUUCUCUCGGGGAUGAACACACUCUGGGUGGGGCUCGUUUACCAGCACGCGGUGUAUUUCAAUAAACAUUUAUUGACUGAAUUCUUUCUUGAUAUCUUUAUUUUCCAAUUACGAGUAUGACAG